AUGCCUAUUCAUGCCACAUUUGCUGAUAAUCCUGUUAUUAAUAAUAAAAAUAUUAUGUUAAAUUCAACGACAAUGAUUAUUAAUACAAAACAAUUUAUUGAGGGAAUCAAAAAAUUUAUUUUUAUUGCUGAAAAUCCAAAUUUAACUACUAACUCUGGUUAUGGAUUAUCUGAUCUUGGUUUUAUAUUAUUACAAUUAAAAGAAUCUUUAGUAACAAUUGAUCAACGAUAUAUUAAUGUAGCACCUGAAUUUGCCUCCAAACAAUAUAGUGGUUUAACAUUAUUAUUAAAAACUGUUGUUAUAUUACAAGGAAUUGUACAAAAUUCAAUUGGUCAAAAAGCUGGAUCAAAAAUAACACAAUUAUUAAAUAAAAAAAAUAAUAGUACUACAUCAAAUAUAAAAAGAAAAGCUUCUGUAUGUGAGGCUGAUUGUAUAGAAUGUAUUAAAAUUGUUCUUGAAAAAGUACCACCAUCAUGGAGAAUAUUUUUAGAUAAUCAACAUAAUUUAGAAAUUAUUAUUCAUUCAAUUAACUCACCACAACUAGAUUCAAAAUGUUAUUCAUUAGAAAUUAUUUUACAAUUAUUAGAUCAUGAAAAUGGUUUUGAACAAUUAUUUAAAAGUUUAACGAUUGUUGCAGCAAGAGUUGGUGAAUAUCAACGUUUAUCUAUUUUUACAAAACAAUUAAAACAUGGUCUUCAUACAAAUAAAUUACAUAUUCAAAUUUUAAUUGCUAAAUUUAUGAAUAAACUUUUAUUAAUGGCUCCAUCUACAAAUUAUAAAUUAUUAUCACAAUCUGAGGCAUUGAUUGCUAAUUAUUCACCAGAAUAUAUAAGAAAACUUUUAAGUAAUGUUAAUGGUCCAUUAAUUGGAUUGGAUUUAUUAAAUGAUGAAUUAGGUAUUUGGUUAAAUCUUUUAACACCUAUUGACAAGGAUCCUCCACAAAGUACAAAAUCUGUUGAUAGUAGUUUAUAUGAUAAUGAUUACUCUUAUAAUAUAGCAUAUAACAGUAAUACAAGUAAAAGUAGAAAGAAUAUAACAAGUCUCGCAAAAAAUGUUGAAAGACAUAAAUAUAAAAAAUAUAAUGAUAUAACACCACCAUCAAAUAAUGAACAUACUAUUAACUAUAAUCAAAAUAAUAGUAGUUUAAAAAAGAAACGUCAUGAUUAUGAUGAGACACCAUUCUAUCCAAAUCAAAUACCAAUAACAAUACAAGAAAAUUUACAAUUUUCACAACAUCAUCUUCAACCAUCAUUUAAUACAGAUCCAGGUAAAAUGAGAAGAGUUAAAAGUGAAAGUGCUAUGAAUAUUGAACCAUUAAGCGAAGAGGAUUCAGAUAAUGAUAUUAAUAAUUUUAAUUUACAUAAUCGUAAUUUGGGUAAUUUAAAAAAUUAUAAUAAUAUACCAUCAAUACCUAUCAAAGUUAUGCAUUCAUCAACUAAAAAUCUUAAUAAUCAAUAUGAACAUCCUUCUUAUACAACACCAAAUAGAUUAAAUAAUGGAAAAAUUAUGAGUAAAAGUAUUAAUGAUUUAUCAUUUCUAAAUACUUCAAAAAAUGAUAAUUUAUCAUAUCAACAUAGUAGAGAGGGACUUUCACAAAAAUCACGACAAUCAUCAAUUAAUAUAAUUCCAGCAAGUCAAAUGCCACAUGGUGGUUUUAGUUAUCUUUUUCCAAAUGCUCCUGUUGUUGAUAGAGUUGCAUCACCUGGUCCAUUAUCACCAAGACCACUAUCUGUAAUAGGUAAAAGUGGACCAACGUCACCAAAUUAUAAUAAUGGAAAUCAUAUAAUAAAUAAUAAAAAUUCUGGAAAUGUUGUUUAUAUUCCAAUACAAAAACAAAAUACUCUUGAAAGAAAAAAAGCAGGUUUUUUAACAAAAAAAGAAAGUUUUAAAUUUGGAGAUACUCAAACAAAAGGAGGAAUAUUAAAAACAGAAUCAAUGAAAAAAACUCCUUAUUCUGAAGAAGUUAAAGAUGCAUUAAGUCAAUUUGAUUAUUUAAAUGAUUAUGAAGAAAGUAGUACAAUAGCUGGAUCUGUUGUAAAUCCUCCAAAAUCUAAUCAUACAAUAUACCAUUUUUAA